UAAAAAUGAAUAAUUACAGUCCUAGUGUGAUCCUCCGCAAAGCAAGAAAGAAUACUGAAGGAGUUCAAAUUUCGUUUUCUAAAAAUCAAUCUCUUACAACAAGAAAACCAAUAAACUUUCAGAGGAAAUAAGUCAGGAUUUAAGAAUUCAUAUACUUCCGGCCAAGAAGCACAACAAAAACGGGGUUAGGCUCCUGAGUAAGGAUCUUCAUGAGAAGAUCAAGAAGGUUAAGAAGAAGAGUUUCAUUCAUAUUAAAAAGCCCAAAGGAGAUACUAGGCUUGCUGUUAUUCCUGACACGAAUAAAACUGUACAUUCCGUUCAAUAAGAAUAUUUCGUGGGAUGCUGACAAGCUUGGGGUAGAUUCUCAGGCCAAAAGAGGACUUGGAAAUUAUAAAUUCCCUGGUAGAGUCAACCAGUCAAUGGAUUUUGGAAUGGAAAAUGAGUCUCCAGGAAGCGGACAUCGCCAUAAGCGUGCUCAAGCCACAUUAAGCUUACCACAGGUGAUUUUAAGGAGGAAGAAUAGAAAUUCUAGUUUUACUCUAGACAAGAGCUUGAUGGCAUUACAUUUUCCGGCAUUACAUAAAAAUAAGGAGCCAAUUAUAAAACACAUUGUAGAGUCCUCAAAUGUAUCGAAAAUCGCCGACUCAAAGGCUGUUUCAUCUAUAACUGGAGUAGCUACAACUAUGAGGCUUUCAAAUCUUAGAGAGAUUUCGCCUAUGGUAAAUCUGCCAAAGAGUUACCAGAAACAACUAGAUGAAGGGUCUGAGGAGCUUCUUAAGAUCUUCUAUUCAAUCCAUGCUGGGGUUGCAUCAACAAGAAAGGCGAUAAGUUACUCUAUUGUGAAGAAUGUCCGGAUUAGGAAAAGUGAAUUUAGGAGCUUUCUAUCAAAGCGUUAUACUUCAUCUAUAGCUGAGAAGCUGAUAAAUUUCUUUGAUUUUAAAAAGCCUUGGUCAUACCAUGACUAUGUCAAUGCCAUGGAGGUUCUGAUCUACCAAAACGAUGAAUUACUGUUUAAAAUCGCAUUUGAAGCUCUCGAUUUUAAUUGUGAUGAUUAUAUUAGCGAAAUCGAUCUAUAUCUAGCUAUGAGGGAACUACCAAAUGAGGUGUUUAUCUCUGUCCUAAUGGAUGAUUUUCUCAAGGUCAUUCAGUAUCUUAUUGAUAAAAAGAAGAUGAAGGGCACUUUUGAUGAGACUAAGUAUAAUCAAGAGAAGAUAAAAAUGCAAAUCAUGAAUGCUACCUAUAGAAGUAGCCUUUCAGACUGGAAAUAAAGAAGGGCAGGGUAAAUCCUCGCCUAAUUUUUUCCAAUUCUGUCUUUCAAAACUGUCUCCUAAUGAGAAGAAGGGUCCUCAGAAAUCCGAUUAUUCUUUGUACAAAAGAUCUGUGAACAACAGUGCUAGGAAGUUAGAGAAGAAUACUGAUUCUUUAAGCAUAAGUAGAUUCAAUUCGAUCAAUAGUUAUCGCAAAAAGACUCUUAAUAAGGAAGAUCUUUUGUUUGGCUACUGUGAAGAGCGAGAACUUAACGAGAAGAUACCUCUUAAUGAAUUCAAUGCAAUUCAUUUUGAUCAUUUUGUGCCAAACUUUGCAAUUGAUUUGAUUAAAUUCUUGUGUGGGUACAGCAAAGUUAAGCUAGCCUCUUCAAACAGUCGAGAGUACUUAAAAGUACACAGAAAUGAAGAAGAGUUCCAAAAAUUGAUGGAAAUUAUAGAAAUCCAAGAAGCUAAGGGUAAAUAACCAGCUGAAUUUUUUUGUGAAGUCAAACCUAAGCGUUCAAAACAAGAAUUCUUCAAAAUAAUAGAUUUCUAGCCCAA